GUCUUUAGAGGCAGCAGAAACUCCAGAGAUGCUGAGAUUAGUUGCCCUUGCCUGUUUUGUGAUCAGCGUUGCCGCUGACGGAGAUAGUGACUACAGUAACAACGACUAUUAUCCUCACUGGCAUGGUGGAGUUUGGAAAUUCGGUGGAGAAGGAGUCGACUUUAGUGGCAUCUCUGUCGGCGGUGGAAUUGGUGGAGGCAUUGGUGGUAUUUCAGUAGGAAGUGGAUUUGGUGGAGGAGCUAGCGGUAUUUCUGUUGGAAGUGGAUUUGGUGGUGUUUCUUUCGGAACCGGCUUAGGAGGAGGUGUUUUGGGUGGACUCAACACAGGUUUAUUUGGAAUUGGUGGUGGUUCAGCUGCCUCCUCUGCAGCUGCCGCUGGUGGUGCUGCCGCCGCCGCCGCUGCUGCCGCUGCUGGACGAAAUGCUGCCGCUGCUGCUGCUGCUGCCGCUGGACAAAAUGCCGCUGCAGCGGCCGCUGCUGCUUCAUCCGGAUUUGGUUACCCAUGGUUUUACAAUUCUUUCCCAUACUCUAGCCAGUACUCUUUUUUCCCAUCCAGUUAUUCCGUUUUCCCUUCAUAUUACCCAUCAGUGUCCUACGGUUUCCCUUCAUAUUAUUACGGAUCUUACCAACCUUUCGGAUUCGGUGGAUCUGCAGCCGCUAGCGCUGCCGCCGCCGCUGGACUUUCUGCUGCCUCAGCUGGAGCCUCCGCAGGAAGCUUUGGUGGACUUUUGACCGGAGGUUACGGACCUACCUAUCCUAAAAAGGUAUACUGAAUAAGAAAGAAGACCAAGUAUACACAAUGUAAAUAAUUGGUUAUAUCAGUAUUCAUAAUUAAAUUGUAUAUCAUUAAAUCACAAAUACAGUA